UAAACAUCCCAUUCAUAAUAAACAUUUCUCUCCUUUUCUUUUGAAUAUCAAGGCUUUUUUUUACUAGUCUUGACCCCCCCAUUGCUACUAUGUCUAACAUUGAAGAGAUUCCAGAAGGCACUGAAGCUCCAGUCGGUGCUGCCCACUUGGGAGAAAGCAAGACGAUGGAACAUCUCCACAAGUACCCGAUCGUGCACACGGCAUUAAAGGCCACACCAGGCCAUUCGUCUUUCUUUACCAACUCCGUUGCCCCACACCUCUCUGCCAUUCGCAACAGUGGAGUGGUGGCCCCGGUUUCCCACGCCGUGGAUUCUGUGGGAAACGGCGCUCUUGACCAGCUCGACAAGGUUGUCCCGCAGUUGCAAACGGUCCAGGUCUGGGACAUUACCUGUCCCAUUGCCCACGCUUCAGAGGAGGCUGCCAGACAGGUGGUUUCUCGGCACAAACAGGUCCAAGAAACCUUGGAAAAGCGUGUAUUUGCGCCGGUGAGAAACGGGUUACAUAGCGGUGCUUCCACGGUUGGAUUCGCCGUCGAUAGCCAUGUGGUUCCGCGUGUAGCAGGCGUGGUAGACCCCGUCGUCAGACCUGUCAACCGGGUGUUUGAGCGGGCAAUUCGCAAUUACUUUCCAGAAGGCGGAGAUGAAGUGUUAACGCGUGACGGCUUUUACAACGAGUUCACCCGCUCCCUCACGCUUGUCGGCACGAUUGGUAUGCGGGCCACCCCAAAGGCGGUAAUGUUGCCAUGGAAUACCGCCAAACACACCGGUACCACCUUUACCGAGCAGAGAAAGCUUCAGACCGAGGGCGGUUUUGUAACCAAAACCAUGAGAAGUGGUACCGGUACCGUCCGUGCGCUUUCGCAGCAGGGCUUUAAGGCCAUGGAGCACACUGCAUGCUUGCUCCACGACUAGGAGCUUUUGGAAUUGGCUCGUCCUUAUAGCAUGUUCUGUAGCCUUGAUUAAUAAAUGCUUUGUUUGAAUCGAGUGUGUGGCAGGGAUGUUGAACUUUGUAGGCACCGUAAGAGUAUAUACGAAGCGUCUUUUGGAGCUGGGGAGAAAAAAACCGUCGAGCUAAUUGUGAGUUUAGACUGGACAGAUGGAUAGCAAUCGCAACAUUAUAUUUGUAUCACCGUUCCGUCAAUAUCUGUUUGAUAGCAAUAUAUGAAACGGCCCCCAUAGAUCCAAAUAUGCAUUUUGGUCGUGCGCUGUUC